CACAUACAAAUAGGUAUUCCGCAUAUCAAAUAUAAAAACAAUCUUAAAUAUCUUUUUUGCUUAAGAAAAUAAGAAGAAAAAACGAGCCAUGGGUAAAUGUAUUUUGGUAUCCUCUGUCGUUAUUGUUUCUCUCUUUUCUAUUGCAUAUGCAACUUCUGGAAUCGGAACUUUCUACACAACUUACACUCCAUCGGCAUGUUACAAAGAUACGCCAGAAGGAGUGAUGAUAGCUGCAGCGAGUGAUACAUUAUGGGACAAUGGUCGAGUUUGUGGCAAAAUGUUCCAUGUGACAUGCACCGGACCUCGUAACCCCGUGCCUCAUCCCUGUACCGGUAAAACUGUGACAGUUAAAAUCGUUGACCAUUGUCCCGCUGGCUGUGCUUCUACUAUCGAUCUCUCCUUUGAAGCUUUUUCUCAGAUCGCUAAUCCUGUCGCUGGGAUCAUUAACAUUGAUUAUACGCCGGCCUAAAUGUCGAUGGAGUUCUCAAGGAAAAUAAUGCUCGGAUCUAGAAAACCGUAAUAAGUAUUGUAUUGCCAUUAGAGAUUUGUAAUUGUAUUCAAAGUACUAAUAAAAUCCCCGAGGUUCAUACAAAAAA